CCCCUUAAGCCAGUUUACCGCAAACCCAAACCCUGACGGCCCAAACCCCGACCCUAACCCUACCCCCAACAAAAUGACCACCCAAACCCCCCCGAUCCGUGUCGGCCUAAUCGGCCUCUCCGCCUCAGCAGCCACAGCGUGGGCAGCAAACGCGCACCUCCCCUACCUGCUCUCCCCCACCGGCCGAAGCAGAUACACCAUCACCGCCCUUCUCAACUCGUCCACCUCCGCCGCAGAGCGCGCCGUGGCAGCCUACAACCUCCAUCCAUCCCAAAUCAAAACCUACGGCGACCCGGCCGCCCUCGCCGCCGACCCCUCCGUCGACCUGGUCGUCUGCAACACGCGGGUCGACACCCAUUUCGACACCGUGCUCCCCUCCGUGAAAGCCGGCAAGGACGUGUUUGUCGAGUGGCCUUUGGCGCACGACACGCAUCACGCGCGGGUGCUAGCCGAGGAGAUAAAGAAGGCUGGUGGGCGCGGGAUUGUCGGGCUGCAAGGGGGCGCGGCGCCCGUGGCUGCAAAACUGAGGCAGUUGUUGGAGGAAGGGAGGAUUGGCAAGGUGUUGAGCUCCGAGCUGCGUGUGUUUGGCGGCACGAAUGAUAGAGCGGAGCUGCCGGACAAGCUGGCGUAUUUUGCGGAGAGGAAGUAUGGAGGGAAUAUCGUCGCCAUUGGGGUUAUGCAUACACUCCACCUCGUCCAAUCCGUCCUCGGCGACUUGGCCUCAGCCAAAGCCGACCUGCACCUGCAGCGCCCUGAAAUCCCCAUCCGGGAUACCAGCAGCAACACCAUCACCCGAACCAUCCAAUCCGAAAUUCCAGAUCUGAUCCUCGUUUCAGGGCGAUGGGAUGAGUCCAGCAUCACGCAGAAGAAUGCCACUCUGCACUACCGCACGCGCCGCGGCCAGCCCUUCUCCGGGGAGCCGGCCCUGCAGUGGACCAUCCACGGCGAAAAGGGUGAAAUCAGAAUCGUAUCCAGGGACAUGGGCUUCAUCCAUGUUGGCAACCCCUCGGCUCGCGUCAUCGAAAUCCAUGACUUCGCAACAAACACGGUCGACAAGGUCGAGUGGGACUGGGAAAAGUGGCAACAGGAGCUGCCAGUACCCGCGAGGAAUAUCGGCAGCCUGUACGAGGCGUUCGUGGAGGCGAAGAAGAGCGGAACCCCACCGCGUUAUGUGACUUUCGAUGAUGCCGUCCGGCGGCACGAGCAGCUGGACGGGUUGUUCGCGGAUUGGAAACCAUGAGAGAUUCUAACAUGUCGAUAGUUCUAGGCUAAAGCUCCAAGAGUCGAGUCUCGGAGUCUAUUGGAGAAGUGAAUUCCUGUUCCCUUUGGAAGUGGACGGUUCGGACGUGCUAUUGGAUCGGUACCCGAAGAAGCCUCUACCCCGGCUCUUCUUCUUGCUCCCCUCGGCGUCUUGCCCCCUUAGUGUCUGCAAGUCAAUAUGCGAUUGGGGGAAUACGCCUGUCUUCCCUUUGCUAUUUGUCCCAGACC